GAGAGAAGAGGAGAGGCGAGAGAGCGGAGGGAGGAGGAAAGCUCCGAGUGGAGAACGGAACCGUUCAGUCGCAGCCACGAAGCGGCGCCGUGCGCGACGACGACGACGACGACGUCGACGUCGGAUACCCUCGCGCACCGACCGCGCACAUUUCUGUCGCUCUUCCGCUUCGUUUACUUCUUCAUCUUCUUCUUCUCCAUCUCGCUCGUCUUGGUCUUCGCCAUCGCUCGGACACGCGUUCGCUCCGUUAAGGGGACGUUGCGGACGUGAGGGCUGCUCGGCGGACAGGCAGGAAGAAAGUGUACAUGUGUGUGUGUGUGCGCGCGCGCGCGCGCUCCGCGUGUGAGUGUGUGUGUGUGCCCGGCUAAAAUUAAAUUUCGAUCGGACGUCGUCCACUGGACGUGGGCAUUCGGGCUGCUCUCUCCUCCGUCUGUCUCUUUCCUCGCAAUUUCGAACAUUGAUACCCUCCGCGGUGCGGCAUCUCGGCCUGGGACGGAUCGCCACCGCGGUACGACGUGUGAAUUCUUAUCGAAGACGCCGAGGUGGACGCCGAGCUGCGUGGGUAGUCAUCAACCACGCAGCCACACGUCGCGUGGUGGUCGGGUCUAUAAUUAACCGCGGAGGACGCGUCUGGAAGAGAAACGAGCUACCGUCGUCUCUCCGCGAGAGACUCAGGCUGCGAGCGACUCUCGGAGUUUCGGGGAGGCAGAGACAGAGAGGGGGAGAGACAGAGAGACAGAGAGAGAGAGAGAGAGAAAGAGAGAAAGGGAGGGAGAGACAAACAGAGAGAACAUUCGGUGAAUCAGCAGCCACGCGCCGCGAGAAAAAGUGCGUGCGAACCGGGGAUGAAGUGCGGUCGUCGGAUCGCGGCUUCACCGGCCACUCCGACGAGUCGCAGGAAACGCUAGGAGACGCGCGUCGGCUUCGAUCGGCGGAUCGACGCGGCGGCGACCGCCGUAUGUGUGUGUGUGUGUGUGUGUGUGUACGUGCACGAGGACUCAGAGUCCUUCGGGAAGUAAUCUUCGCGAGGUACAGCCGCGUCGAAGCGGGUAUCGUAGACGCGAAGCGCGUCCGCAGGAGUAAAGCGCGGUGCGGCGAGUAAUGAACUUGCCGGGUCUCGUCGCAGGCAGUCACCGAGGGUGCGAAGACGCGGGGGUGGAACUGCGUGCGUGAGUGCGAGCGCGACUGGCUGUCGCCUCGCUCUGCCGUGAAUUUCCGCACGCGCUGGACGAGAUCGCGAGAUCAGUUCCGCAAGCGGCCGUCCGUCCGUCCGUCCGUCCGUCGCUCCCUGCGCGGAGAGCAGGAAUUAGAUUUAACCGCGUGACUCAUUCGAAAAGGAGCGCGCAGUCUGGUUUCCGGCGAGAAAACACGACGCGUGAUCUCGUUGAGGCCGGAUCAGCGGGGGCGGCGGCGGCGGCGGAGGGGAGGGGGAGCGAACGUUGUUACAUCGGGAAACGGCGAGGAGGCCGACGUUGAUCGACCGAUCGGCGGCGAUCCGAGCGGCACUCGAGGCUGAGCUCUCGAGGGCUACGUGUCGGCAUGUCCUGAUCCGCGAUUAGGACGUGGUUCGAUCCAGAAUUAACACAGCCACGUGAGUGAGCCCGACGAAUGGCGACGCGGGGCCAUCAAUAGCCUGAUAAAUGUCAUUCGUAACGAUCGAUCGCCGCCUUUUGCCAGCCGUGACGUAAAGAGAGAGAGAGAGCGCGAUUUCGCGACGCGACGCGACGCGACGGCCGCGUAGUCGUCCGCUCGGAAAGUGGACGCUUCGGCACAAGGACGAACGAGGACGCGUUCUCGUCGCGCGGGGCCGCGCGUCCAAGUUCGCGGUCGACGCCGACACGGCGGCGCGGCGACGAGGACAUACCCUGACGCGGCUACGCACGCAUGGAGGAUGAGGAGCGGCGCGUGAGGGAGAGAGGCGGACGCUCCUAAACCGAUGAGAUGACAGUGCUGUGCGUGCUGUGGGCUACUCUGUCCACCGUGGCCUCGAUCCUGGCGUGCUCCGGCUUCUACCUGCCCUACUGGAUCCAGGGCCGACUGCUGGGUAAGGCGGACGCGUACUUCAGUUCCUUUCGGCGCUGCAACUACCCGCGAAUCAGGGCACCCAACGCCACGCCUGAGAUAGUUUACGAGUGCGCGAGGUACUCCAGCUUUUGGGACAUACCGAGCGCCUGGUGGCAAGCGAGCACGGUCACGAUGGGCAUCGGCGUCGCCGUCGCGGUGAUCGGCGCCCUCACGCUCUUGGCGGCGGCGUCCUCGUUCCUGCCGCACAUCCUCAAGACGCCCAAGCACACGAGGAUCCUCGGCUCCUUGCAGCUGUUCGCUGCAGCGAUGAUAUGCGGCGGCCUGGUGAUGUACCCGAUAGGCUGGGAUAAUCGGGAGGUGCGCGAGUCCUGCGGGAAAGGGGCCAAUGUUUACAAUCUCGGAAAGUGCUCGGUGUCCUGGUCGACUCACUUGCUGGUCGGCUCUGUGGCGUUGCUGAUGCUGUGCUUCGGCCUGAGCUUCUGCGCGGCCCGACACAAGCCCUCCAACUCGCACACGGACCCCCUGCGCAUUUGACAAUCGAGAUACUCCCAGUCGAUUCACGCCUACGCCUCGCCCAAGACGACCACCCUCUCCAUCGUCACGGUCUGUUGAUCGUGCCUGGACGCCGUUGCUGCGUGUGGUGGCUGCGUGCGUAUGCGUGAGUAUGAGUCCGCGAGAGCGCGGCCGACCUUCUCCUCGUCGUCGUCGCCUGUCGUCCACGUCGCCCACCGUCGCCGUCGCGCAGCCGGACCAGCGGAUUUCAUACGCGCGUCAUCGCGCGUCACACGAGCGAGCGACACGCCUGGUGGCAGCGGCGACGGGGCUGACAGUUGCGCGCAAUCCCACGUGUCGAAAAUGCCCUCGCGUCAUUCUCGCGCUCACCCUGCGCGCCUUCUCCGCGGACGCGUGCCUGUGUUUUCGCGCGAUUUUCCGCCGCACGGCUCUGGUUGACCGCGGCGAAGCGCGGACGCGCUUCUCGCGCGUCGCCGGCGCACAGUGGGACAAAACUGACAUUUUUUGUUCACAACGGUCCAGAGACCUCAAAACUUAACGAAAUGAAACAAAUUCUUUCUAAAUUACUCGUUGAAAGAUAACGAAGAAGACUGUCUAAGCAGACUUUUGAAAAGAAUCAACCCUAUAAUCCCAUUAGAAAAAUACACAACCCAAUAACGAAAAACGACAACACAUAAAUCGGUAACUUUAACUCUAAAACCCCUUCGCCUAAUAGCUCACAAGUAAACCGUCGGAACUGCCCGUCACCGAUUUGGAUCGGCUUUGGAUAUGUUGUAGAGCAAAAAAUAAUUAGGUCAUAUUUUUUUAUCUGCGUAUCUCGACGUUCGAGGGGUUGAAAACACCCCUCGAAAAUAACGGAUUUUUUCGUUUUUUGGGAAUAUGUUCUAAACUAUGAGAUGCAUGAAAAAAUGAUUAGAUGACAGUUUAAUGGUAUUUUAUGCUUUAUGUAAUGGUAUAUUUAGAUUUUCGAAAAAUAUCAAAUUUGUUAAUUUACCCCUCCUCCCUCCAUUAUAAUUCUUGCCAUUUUCAACAUUUUUGUAAGGACAGAAAUUAAAGAGCUUAAAGAGACAAAUUCAUCCAUAUGUAAUAAUAUUAUA